AUGGGUCAGAUACUAUCGAACCCGGUUAUCGAUAAGGAACACCACUCUGGUGAGGACCGCUUGACAGCUUUUGGACUGUGUGCUAUGCAGGGAUGGCGUAUGUCUAUGGAGGAUGCGCAUGUUGUGCAGCCGAAUGUGCUGAACGCGUCGCAUAAGGAUCAUAUUGCAUUGUACAGUAUUUUUGAUGGACAUGGAGGGUCCAGUGUAGCCCAGUACUGUGGUGAGAAGAUUAUGUCGAUUUUGCAGAGACAGGAGUCUUUUAAGAAGGGAGAUUUGGCGCAGGCAUUGAUCGAUACGUAUUUACAAACGGACGAAGAUUUGCUGAAAGAUCCUGUCUUGAGGAACGAUUAUAGUGGUUGUACUGCCACGUCGAUUUUAGUUUCGAGAUUGCAGAACAAAUUAGUUUGUGGUAACUCUGGUGAUAGCAGAACCGUUAUAUCCGUCAAUGGUAGGGCGAAGGCUUUAUCGUAUGACCAUAAGCCUACUUUGGCGAGUGAAAAAUCAAGAAUCGUAGCUGCAAAGGGUUUUGUUGAGAUGGAUCGUGUCAAUGGUAAUUUGGCGCUAUCUAGGGCUAUUGGUGAUUUUGAGUUCAAGUCGAACUCUGAUUUGCCGCCUCAUGAACAGAUUGUGACAGCCGUUCCCGACGUGAUUGAACAUAAAUUGGAUUACAAUGACGACGAGUUUGUUGUGCUGGCGUGCGAUGGUAUCUGGGAUUGUUUGUCUUCCCAAGAGUGUGUUGAUCUAGUGCAUUACGGUAUUUCGCAAGGUGAUAUGUCUUUGAACGAUAUCUCUUCCAGAAUUAUUGACGUUUGUUGUUCCCCAACUACUGAGGGAACAGGGAUCGGUUGUGAUAAUAUGAGUAUUUCAGUGGUUGCAUUGCUGAGGGAUGAAGAGACACCCGAACAGUGGUUUGAACGUAUAAGGGCAAAAAACUACCACAUUGCUACAUCUUUCGAAAGUAGAAGAAGACAAGUGUUUGCCUAUUACCAGUUCCCCAAAGAUAAUGCUAGUGUUUUUGAAGUGACCACAAAAAAGCCUCAGGAUCGUUUCUCUCAGGACAACGCAGCACAAGCUUUGAGUACGAGUGUGGAUAACGAUCACGAUAAUGUGGAAAUUAACGACACUGAUACGGAUUCGGAUGCAGUCACAAGCAAUAACAAACGUAAAGGUGGUCCAGCGGCCAGUGGGUCAAACGGACCUGUAGACCUGUUCUCACUGGAGGCACUGCUUGGUGCAGGGGGUAUUCAAGUUAGUCAAGGGCCAAACAAUGUAUCAUAUAUCCAUGGCUCAGCACUAUCUGAGAUGUUAGCUUCGCUCAGUAACGCAGCAGCUGGUGAAAUGGUUCCCGAGGAAGAUGACGAAGAUGAUGAUUCGAAUAAGAACGAAAAGAAGAUCGAAGAGAUCUGA